AUGGAGCCCUCUGGCUCACAGCAUCGGCGGAAUGUGUCUGUAAAAGCUACCCGGCCUCGCAGCUCAACAAAGGGGCCUUUGGAUAUCACAGAUGAACUAGAUACCCCCUCUGCAACUUUGGCCGCUCCCUCAGGCAAACUGGACUCCAGAAGCGCCGCCUUGCCAUUCCACCCUGUUAAGGAUUCAGUUGCAGCACCAAGGGAUAAUCCCCAUAUCCAGGUGAACCAGAACUUUUCUUUCCUGCUCCGACCUGAGAUAUUUCACCCACUCUCGCAAUUAGAAAUACCCUCUCCAUUCCGCUCGGAGUUCCCAAGUCUUCUCCCAGGCCAGUCAUUAGAUUCAGCACUACUCCAGCUCAACGACCUAACCAAAAAUGGCCACUUCCUACCGGCAGCACAUUUUGCUGCUACGGUUUUGACCUCCAAGUUGAUAGCUUCAAAUGAUUAUUCCACGAUAUUUUCGCUCCUAUAUACUCGCCUUACUUGCCUCCAGCUUACAGGGAAUACCAUCUUAGCCGCACAGGAAUCAAAGGCUUUGGAAGAUUUAAAUUCAGCAUUCUACUAUGUAGACACUAAAUCUGAUCUUCCAAAGGAGGAUGAUAACUCUGGGGAACACCCAGAGAAAACACACCUGGCUCCGUGGCCACUCCGGGUUAUUGCCGUAAGACUACAGAGCAUUGGGUUUAGUGAUGCCAGACGGGGUAUAUCCGGCCUCUACGAACUUGGAUUAGAAGCCAGGAGGCAUGCCAUACGCCCUGAUGUCGGACUUGAAGAAAAGGAAAUGUGGAAAGCGAGGUUAACUGAUUUAGGUAUCCGUGUCGUUAAUGCUUUGGUUGAAAUGGGUGAUUUGGAAGCUGCUCGGCGAUUCCUGGCUAGUAUGACUCCCCCGGCUAAUGGUGACAUUCGGGGACUUCACCAGCGAGCUCUUUUACACCUUAGAAUCGGAGAUAUAGAUUCAGCGAAGGAUCUACUUUCUGGGAUGCCUAGCUUAUCGACCAGCAUUCUCGAUCCACUUUUAAAAAUGGCAGAGGGUAAAUUUGAUGACGCUGUUGCUGGUUGGAACGACAUCCUCAAAACCUACUCUGGGACGGAUGAUGAGGUUCUUAUCAAACAAAACCUUGCGGUCUGCCUUUUGUAUAUUGGAAACUUAAAACAGUCACGCGAGAUCCUGGAGUCACUCAUCAACAACCACAGUUCUUUCCAAAGCCUUACUUUUAAUUUAGCGACCGUAUAUGAACUUUGCUCGGAAAAUUCGGGGGCUCUCAAGGUAGCAUUGGCGGAACGGGUAUCUCGGCACCCCCAAUCGGAGCACCACAACUGGGAAUUACCAAACAGCCAUUUUAAGAUCUAG